AGUUGAUGACUCCGUUCAGCAUCGUUGCGAGAUCAUACCUCCCACCAUGUCGAUCCCAGGUUUCGAUGCGGAGACAGCUGGAAACAAUGAAGAGAUAGAAAUGCAAUUCGCAGUCAAGACAGUAGAGCAUCUCGAGGCUUAUGAAAGGUUGAUAUCGGGGAUACCGCCGCGGAACCUCAAGUUGACACCGAUGGAUAACGAAUUGCACGAGAAUUUUCUGAGCACUUUUCCCGAAUACGCAUCGCCAGAGGCGUUGAGGAAUCUGAAUGAAGAUGAGAUGAAGAGCGCAAAGGGAAAAGAGAGAUGGCGGAAUUUCAUCCUGCCGUAUGAGAAAAGGUUGAAAGAUUACAACUUUGGAACGCUGGUCAGGAAAGAUUCGGAUAGAGGCUACGCAGAGGACAAUAGUAUAUUGGUGACGAGGACGCAAUUCUUCGCCAUUGAGAUUGCCAGGAAUAGAGCCGGGCUCAACGACAAGAUAUAUCAGGAGGCUCAAGCAAAGAAACAAGCAUCAUGA